UUGUAGGUUUUCUACCUAUUAAUGAAUACUACAGUUUUUCCUCAAUUUUUCUCUGUUCAUGUUGCACAAACUUCCAAAGUGUCUUCAGGUGUAAACUGCACAGACAGCCUGGUUUCAUCAACAUAUUGCAUUGUUGGGGGUGAAAUACUUCUUUAACGUGUCCCCGCCCUCCCGAGAGCAGCAGCCCGGUCGACCUACCACUGACAAGUGACAACCGGGUCUCCCGUCACGCCAUUUUCCAUCGACGACCGAGAGGAGCGAGCCAGCCGGAGGAACGCGGAGAGUCGGAGCUGUGAACGGCACCGAUACACGAUCCAGUCAUGCAUCGUGACUGUCCUCUUGACUGCAAGGUCUAUGUUGGAAAUUUGGGGAACAAUGGAAACAAGACUGAGUUAGAGAGGUCAUUUGGCUACUAUGGUCCUCUGCGCAGUGUUUGGGUGGCCAGGAACCCUCCAGGCUUCGCCUUUGUAGAAUUUGAAGAUCCUAGAGAUGCAACUGAUGCCGUGCGGGAGCUCGAUGGAAGGACUUUGUGUGGUUGCCGGGUGCGAGUAGAGCUGUCCAAUGGGGAGAAGCGCAGUCGCACCCGUGGUGCUCCCCCUCCAUGGAGCAGGCGUCCUCGAGACAGAGACGACUACAGACGCCGUAGCCCAGCAGCCAGACGAAGAUCCCCACGAAGGAGGAGCUUCAGCCGCAGUCGAAGCAGGUCUUUCUCCAGAGACAGGAGGAGGGAGAGGUCCCUCUCCCGGGACAGGAACCACAAACCUUCAAGGUCGUUCUCGCGAUCAAGGAGCCGCUCCAGGUCUAACGACAGAAAGUAGAGGAUCGUCGGUCCGUUGUAAAGGGAGCUGAAGAUAAACGGUUGUACAGGCAUGGCCGUUUCAGAUGAUGGAAUACAACAUGGCCGUGUCGCCGUUUUUGUGUUGAGUUUUUUUAAAAACAAUCAAGCAUUUUAGUGUCCCUCCCCUUUACGUGGUAUAUUUUUCACAUGCAUUGAGUGGGUGUGCGCAGGCGUGAUGCCUCACCUCAGUCCAUCUUGUCUGUCCAGAAACAGUCGUGCCACCCAGCAUUCCAGUUCACCAGUUAAUCUCUUUAAGAGUUUCACUUUUUGUCAAUGAAUGUACUGUGUAGUUUGAUUUAGUGUUAGUAGCUCCUCUUUUUCAAUGCCAGCAUUUUUUUUUUUGUAGGGAUUGGGAUGAUUUCUAAGAAAGUUUCUCCUUUUUGAUUGUCUGUAAUGCCAACCUUUUUACAAUCUGCUACUUUCUUACUUCACACUGAAGGUUUCCAUCUGUUAAAGGUUGGUUGUUUGUAAUAAAAACAGCCCCGAAAUCCAAGAAUCAAAACUGGCAUAGAUUUAGAAAAAAAGACUGAUUUUUGUUUUUGAAGUUUUCAAUUAUUUUUCUUUUGUUUGAUACAAUGUGAAAUGGUCUCUUAAUUAAAGAAACCGGUUGAUU